UUUUUUUCAAGGGUUUGGGAUGAAACCCUAGCGCCGCCACCGCGUCCAUUUUCUCUCCUGUAUCAUCAUCGCCAUAUUUGGCAAAGUAGCAGGUGUACACCACCUUUUUCAGGCCUUGCAUGGCCAGAUCAAGCAAGCAUUUAAUCUUCGUCUCCAAAUUCACCAAACACAAUUUUAGAAAGGGAUUUCUAUUGGCUCAUGAGGAACCAAGGAGAUGGACCCGUUCUGCGUCAAAUCUGACCCUCUAUGCGUUUACAUUCUUGGAUCUCGACCUUUGAUUGUGAUUUAGAAGGCAAUCCCUUGAAGAUUUGCAAAGUCCCACAUCGAGUUUGAGGUUGGGUUUUUCAGAUCUGGGGUAUCUAUAUAAGAUGUUUUAUUUCGCAUUAUAAAAAGGGGAGAUUUUGGAGGCAAUUUGAAAGAUUAUAUCAUCUUGCAUAUAAAAAUCGAAAUAGCUAGGGUUUUGGCAAGUUUGCUUGGAAACCUUGAUCUUUUCAAUUUAUUUUAAAAAAAAAAUUAAAUAGUUGUGCCUGCUGUGUGGCUAAGGGUGGAAGAAAAUUGUCUUCCAGUUUAUUCUUGGUUUGGCGGCUCAUCAAAGAGGUGAUUUAUUUUCCCUCAGUUAUUUUUAGUUUAUUUUCAGUCAUUUAUAUAUUUUAAUGCUUGUAUGGCUUGAUGUUUGGGUUAUUUGUGUUGUCUUUAGUCUUAUAAAUGCUAGUUUUGUUUUAGUUUAAUCUUGUUUUACUUGGUUCUGUAGUUGUUUAGCCUUAUGUGCACUUGGAAGAUUAGUUAUGUAGAUUUUAAGAACUCAUUUGUAUAUUCUUUGAUUAAGUUAUGAUUUAGUUUUAGGUAAAUAACCUGUUAGUCAUGUGAAUAUGUGUUUUAUUCUUCAUGAUCAGUGUCUUGAGUUUUCUUGUUGAGCUAUGCUUUUUCUGGUUAUGAUAGCUUGAAGUCUGAUCUAUGUAAUCAAGGAUUAAUUAGUUAUGAGUCCUUCUAAUAUGGAAACUCUUCAGUUUAGUUAUAUUCGUUUAACCUUGAUCAGUCAUAUGUUAUAAAGCUUGGGGUCUAUUUGCCCAUGUUUGCAUUUACCUUUGUUCCUGUCCAUACAUUGUUAUAAGUUCAUUAGGUAUAAGUGUUUAGAUAAUGAACAUACUAACUAAUUAGUAUGCCCCUAUGUUCAAAAGGUAAUGAUUUGGUUGGUUUUGUUUUUUUAAAGUCGUCACCUUGUAAAGUUCAUCAGCCUUGCUUGGUUUUGUUUUUUUAAAUGAGCCUCAGUUAAUGUUUUUGAGUCUUCUAUCAUGCUUAAAACCCAGCUCUGUUUGAUGUUUAAUUCAACUUGGCUCAUGAAUAGCCACUAUUUUCCCUGUUUGAGUCCAGCUUUGUACUUUUACAUGAUCCACUCAGAAAUUUGAAGCUAAAUGAAUAUGCAAUCCUUCCUGCCAUUUUCUGGUUGAUUUUUUUUUUCUUUUCAAAAAAGGUUUUCAAAGAUAACCAUGCUCUAAACCAAGUCUAUCUUACUCUUUCUUUUAUUUUUGACACUAUUUGAGAGUGAAACACUCAGGCUCAACCUUCUUGGUCAGUUUUGUUUCGAUCUUGUGCCUAGUUGCAUUUUCCUUGUUAAAAGAGUUAAACACUUUUUCGCUGAAAGGAUGAUCUGUUUGGAUUUUGAAUUUGCUUUAGGUUUCCUAGUGGUUCUCCCGUGUUAGGGAUCUUUGUUUUGGCAGAAAAUGCUCAAUUUGUAAUUGGUCUAUGAGACUUUAAAACUGGAACAUUUUUAGUUGUUGGAAAAUUGUCAAACCUCUUUUUUGGUAAAGUUUAUAUGUUGUGUUGAUUUUAAAGUAUUCUAACUUAAGUAAUUGAUAACUUGAUAGGUGGCCUGUUUAGUCAUUUUAUUUUGGCUUGUUCAGUCACUUUGUUUUGGAUUAAAUGGUUUCACCUAUUUACUAAGGUGACGACAAGUACUUGUCCUUCAGGAAAUACUGGUUUUAAGUUGUGUUUGCUAGUUCACUACAAAAGAUAACUAAACUAGAAUUCUAGGCAGUUCACUUGAGUAUAUUAAAGUAUGUUAAGUGAGUAUAGCAGCCCUAUUACUUUCUCAUGUUGACAGGUGACAACUGAUUUAAACCUUGGUUUCUUUGAGAAAUGAACUAGUUCUGGGAACUGCUACUUACUUGAUGACUUGUGUGACACCUAAUGGCUGUUAAUUGUUUCUCUUUGGAGGCUAGUCACUCAUUACUUAAGUUUAUAUCUUGUGUUACUCACUUAGAGAAUAUCUCCUUGAAUUGGUUGAGUGUUGAUGCUAUUAGAUGUACUGGUUCUGUAACUAUGGCUUAUCUCUUGCUUUUGUCAUGACUGUGUGGUAGAAGUACUUAAACCUUUCAUCAAUCCUGCUUGAACUUAAUAGGGUGUUAAUGUUUGAUAAGAUACUCAAGUCUACUAAAAUGCACACCUAGACAUAUUGAUUAGAAGGCAUUUUGCUAACACUAUUUAUGUACACUUCAUCUCCCAUAAUACUGUGAGCCUAACACAUAAGUGGAGGGGCAAAACAGCCCUUCGGGAUGAAGCUCAAACCUUCCCUGGUGUCUACCAUAUCUGGGGUUCCUGGAAACCCCUUGGAUCUUGUGUGGCAUCAGGAACAAAGGGGGUGAGAGGUUUCCCUUUUGGGCUGUUCUGAUCUCUCCAUGGGUGUGUAAAUCCAUGGCAUAUUGGUUGGUGGUGGUGUAUGUUUGUUUCAUUAACAUUAUUCACUUUUUGUUUUAGUGAAGUAGCCUUAUGUGUCUGUUUAUUUACCCUUUGGUUCUGGACUUUGAAUUUGCUGUUGAUUGGCUUGUAUAAGUCUAAAAAGACCUUGAAUAGUAUAUUUUUCCUCAUCUCCUCUAUGCAUUAACUUUCUCACUUAUAUACUAGGUGAUAUACCAAAGUAUACAAGGUAUAUUCAACUCUAUACCCUCACAUGUGUAUAGAAGUGGAUAUAUCCAGUAUAUUUAAAGUAUAUCAUUCUUGCCAUUUGGGAAUAUGAGCUUGCAUUGUGUCAAUUUAAGUCUCUUGGGCCGACUGUUUUUGUUUUAAUUAAUGUUUGGGCCUCCUCUAGUAUUUUAAAUAAAACUUUUACUUGGGUUGGAUGUUUUUCCUCUCUUUGUGAAUCUAGUUAAAUAGCCCAUGUGGCUUUGGGAUUUUCCUUAUCAUUUGGGCCUUACACUGUUUUCUGCCAAAAAAAAAAAUGUUAUUACUUAGUGAUCUACUUGUUUAGUUUAUGAACUUGUUUGGCUAGAAUGCAAAUUAUUUUGUGACUUAGCAUCCUUACUCUGGCCAAAUACUAAUCCUAGUCUUUUGUAUGUUUCAUGGGAACCAACUCUGGGCCCUUCUGGGCAUCUCCUGCAUCAAUAUUUGUUGGCCUAAGGCCCAACCUCCCUCUCUUUGAUCGAGUACGCUAAAGCAUAGGAAGGGAAGCAAAUAUUCAUUUUGGAAGUCCCGCCAAUAGGUGAGAAUGGCACUAAUGGGCUUGGGUAGGCCCAUCAGUUUAAAAGUUUACUUUCUUUCUUUAUUUUCACUUGCCAUGUAUGUAUGCGUAUAUGUAUCAAACAUGUAAAUAAUGAAACCCCUGUGCAUGUGUAGAAUUUAGGAAAUCAACGCUUGGUAUUUUAGGAAGUCGCUCAAAACAUUUUCAAACUUGGUCAAUUUCUGGUUUUACACGACUAAAAUUGGUACUCAUUUUAGUUUUGCUAAAAUUUUAACAAUCAAACUUACAUUUUUGGAUAAAGUAAAUGGUUUUUUUUUUCUCAAAAAUGGCCAAUUAGCAAGUUUUGGACCUUCGAUGAGAGAUCUGGAAACUAUUUACUUUAAAAAAGGCAAAAAUAACUUUUGGGCCUUCAGCCCGUUGGCUUUGGUUAUUUGUGAAGUAUGAGGUUGAAACGAAUUUCGGAUGAAAGGCUGGAAGAAUAGCUUGAGGUUCAUUUUGAUAGGUUUUGAGACAUUUUAAACAUUUAAGUAAAAUCUCGAAAUGGUUUAAAUAUUAGAAACUUGAGUUUUUUUUUGAGAAAAAAUUGGGUUGGUGGAAGUGGACUGCUGAACUCAAAUAUUUUCAAUUGUUUGGGCUAAAGCACAAAAAACUUAUUGGACUGAAAUACAUUUUGGACCAAGUAUAAGGAUGUGAUGGAUUUGGACUUAGAAUACUAUUGACCUAUGGCUUCAAAUAAAAAAGAAACAAAACUGAUUUUUUUCAUAAAUAACUUACAUUUUUCAUAUAUAUAUACCAAAACAGAGAUACACUCCAUAUUUUCAUAAAUACGUAUAAAAACCCGUAGGUACUAAACCCAUUUUUUUAUGACUAGAAUAGUAGCUACUCUACUCGGGAGAAAUUCCGAGUGUGUCCUAGUCCGGCUACAAAGUGAGUUGAACACUUACGCGGAUUUUUUAAAAAAAAAACCAAAACCCCUUUUUUAUAAGGGGACAUUUUGCCAAAUUUGUUCCUUGAAAUUAUGAUAUGAUAUAAAAAAUGACAUUUUUGCGGAAAACUAAACAUUUGUAAACAAAUAAGUACAUUAAUCACACAUUGAAUCUCGUAGGUCAACUGUAUUCUAUGGAUUUUUAAUACUAGGGUGCGUAAAACCUUCCCUAGGGGAUCACCAGAACCCUUACCUCGAACUUUGAUCCAAAAGAUUUUUACUUUUUUUGGAAAAAAUCUUUAAACCCAAUUUUCCUAGUUUUUCAUAAUAAAUUAGGUGGCGACUCUAAAAAUAUUAAAAUCCAAUUAGAGCACCAACAACCUCGUGGUAACUUUUAUGCCUUACCAGCGUAAAAGCGAACUGUAACAGGUGUAACGGCUAAGAAUAUGACAGAAGCACGGGCAUGCUUGCUUACCGACUUAUUUGUACAUGGUUGAAAAUCUAAAUCCAGGUUCCAAAGUUUGCAUUAGUCUUGAUGAUGUGGACAGGUUCAAAUAUUACUUCGUAGCUUAUGGAGCUUGCAUUCGUGGAUAUAAACACACGCGAAAGGUUAUUACCAUUGACGACACACAUUUAUACAAUAAGUAUGAGGGUGUGUUGUUUAUCCGCCGUCGCACAAGAUAUUGAGAACCAUAUCUAUCCAAUUAGUUUUUACGUGGUGGACAAGGAGUGUGAUGAAUCCUGGACCUACUUCUUCGAGGAGCUGAGGUGCAUAAUCGCCGAUGAACCAGACUUGUGCAUCAUCUCUGAUAGGCGCAAAAGCAUAGCCAACAGUGUUUCCAUAAUUUUUGAGCAUGCUCAUCAUGGACUAUGCAUAAAGCAUCUUGGUGAUAACCUUCAGAGUAAUUUCCAAUGUGGAGAUUCUCUUCAUGUAUACUAUGAUGCAGCAAAGGCAUAUGGUUACCAAGAGUUCAAUGAACAUUUUCAACAAUUAAGGGAUAAAUUCCUCGAAGCUGCUAAUUACCUCAAGUUUGAUAUUGGAUUUGACAAGUGGAGAAGGGCAUAUUUUUCAGCAAAUAGGUACGAUAACAUUGCUGAGUCGCUAAACUCAAUGUUGAGGGAUGAAAGAGAGUACCAUGUGACUACCUUAUUCACUUCCAUUUCUAGGAGGUUUGCUGAAAUUUUCAGGCAGAGACGUGCAGAUAUCAACAGUUCAAUCAAUUUAUUUUUGCCUCCGGCUGAAAAGACACUAAGGGAAAAGAUGAAUAAGGGCGACUCCUUGUUUGUCAAUAAUAUAAACGAGAAUGCCAACGAGUUCUCCAUAGUUGGAAGGGGCCUAACUGCCAAAGUAAAUCUACUAAACAAAACAUGUACUUGUAGAGAGUACAACUUGUGCAAUUACCGUGCGCUUACGCGAUGACAGCCUUGAGAUUGAAGUACAGACCUGAUUAUGGUUCAAGCAUCUACGAGUAUUCCUCGCCCAUGUAUAAAGUCCCGUCUUACAUUCUUGCAUUUGGGGAAACUAUUAAUGUAGUCCCUCCAAAGUCAGAAUGGGAAGUCCCGGAGAAGUACGCAAACAUGUGUUGUCACCUAAUUUUUGACCUCUCGUAAUUUAUUUUAAGUGCGCGGCGUCCUUGGACAAUAAAUAAAAUCAG